ACAUAAAGCAUCACAAAGAAAUGGCUAAUUCCCCACCUUUGUACAUUAUUCCCAUCAUAUUUGCCGCAGUGGUCAUCUUCCUUGUCUUGAUAUCAAUACUGAUAAGAAUUUUCUGUCCAAGAUACCAAGGAUCCGUUGGCGGUAUGACGGACAUUGAAGCUCACAAGCCUGACGCGGUUGAAGUUGGAGGCCCUUCUGGUGAUGGUCCAGCGGAUACAGGUGGUGAUAAUAGCCAGUUGGACACCGGAUAUGACGGCAAUGGAGGUGAUGAUCAUGGCCAUUGGGACCAUGGAUGUCAUGGUACUGGAGGUGGUGAUCAUGAUCAUUGGCACCAUGGAGAUCAUGGCGCCGGUGGUGGGUUUUCCAGUGCUGGUGGAAUAAGUAGUGACACAGGAGGAGGAGGAGGAUGGGAGUUUUCCGGCGGUGGUGGAAUAAGUAGUGACACAGGAGGAGGAGGGGGAUUUUCGGGUGGUGGAAUAAGUAUUGACUCAGGAGGAGGAGGGGGGUUUACGGGUGGUGGAACAAGUAAGUUCACAUUCCGAAGACAUGUAUGUAAAGAGAUAAACAGCCAUCAACCAUACGAUAAACAUAAGCAUCACCGAGAAUCUGUUGGCGGUGUGCCGUAUAUCGAGGGUCAGAAUCAUGGGACGGUUGAAAUUGAAGGCCUUGAUGAUGGUCCAGAUGAUAUAGGUGGUAAUCAUCGCCAUUGGGACACCAGAUAUGACAGCACUGGAGGUGGUGAUGAUGGCCAUUGGGACCAUGGAGGUCACGGCACUGGAGGUGUUGAUCAUGGUCAUUGGCACCAUGGAGAUCAUGGUGCCGGAGGUGGUUAUCAUGGCCAUUGGCACCAUGGAGAUCAUGGAGCCGGAGGUGGGUUUACCAGCGGCAGUGGAAUAAGUUGUGACACAGGAGGAGGAGGAGGAGGAGGAGGAGGAGGAAUUCUCCGUCCAAGAUACCGAGGAUCCGGUAGCGGUGUGCUGGACAUUGAAGGUCAGGAGCAUCAGCACCAUGGAGAUCAUGGCGCCGGAGGUGGGUUUCCGGAGGUGGUGGUCAUGGUCACGGGGCGCAUGGAGAUCAUGGCGCCAGAGGUGGGUUUACGGGCGGCGGUGGAAUAA